AUGACUCAGCCAGAGGGCUUUAAUGUUCCCGGUAAGGAAGACUACGUGUGCAAGCUGAAUAAGUCAUUGUAUGGACUGAAGCAGUCUCCUAGACAGUGGUAUAAAAAGUUCGACAGUUAUAUGAUCACGUUGGGAUACACAAGAAGUCCUUAUGAUUGUUGUGUCUACUAUAACAAGUUGAAAGAUGAAUCAUACAUCUAUUUGAUACUGUAUGUAGAUGACAUGCUGGUAGCUGCCAAGAGUAUGUGUGACAUUCAGAAGCUGAAAGGUCUGCUUAGCGCAGAAUUUGACAUGAAGGAUCUAGGUGCAGCUAAGAAGAUUCUAGGGAUGGAGAUUCUUCGAGAUAGAAAACAGAAGAAGCUGUUCCUAUCACAGAAAAGUUACAUUCAGAAGGUGUUGGCAAGGUUUGGGAUGUCUACGGCGAAACCCAUUGACACUCCGUUUGCUUCUAAUGCUCACCUCACCAUAUUUGCUUCUCACUCUGAGGAAGAAAAAGAGUAUAUGUCCCGGGUUCCUUAUGCUAGAGCUGUUGGAAGCUUGAUGUAUGCAAUGGUAUGUACUAGGCCAGAUCUUGCACAUGCAGUCAGUGUUGUUAGCAGGUUUAUGGGGCAACCAGGGAAAGAGCACUGGCAAGCUGUGAAGAGAAUUUUCCGAUAUCUUCGUGGAACGUCUGAUGUUGGUCUCAUCUACGGUGGUGAGAGACCGUGUCUUGUUACAGGCUACUCUGAUUCAGACUAUGCUGGAGAUGUUGACAGCCGAAGAUCAAUGACUGGGUACGUGUUUACUUUAGGUGAUUCUGUUAUAAGUGGGAAAGCAACUCUACAACCUACUGUCACGUUGUCUACUACUGAAGCAGAGUAUAUGGCACUAACAGAAGCAUCUAAAGAAGGUAUUUGGUUGAAGGGGCUGGUUAGUAGCAUGGGUUUGCAUCAUGAACAGGCUACUGUGUAUUGUGACAGUUUGAGUGUGAUUUGCUUAGCUAAAGAUCAAGUUCAUCAUGAACGUACCAAGCAUAUUGAUGUGAGGUAUCGUUUUCUGAGAGGUGAAAAGAGGAUCAGUGUGAAGAAAGCUCCGAAAGGAGCAUCUGGCUUCGGAGGAAGCAUCUGGCUCCGAAAGGAGCAUCUGGCUUCGGAGGAAGCACCUGGCUCCAAAGGAGCGUCUGGCUUCGGAGGAAGCAUCUGGUUCAGCGUCUGGCUUCGGAGGAAGCAUCUGGCUUUGGAGGAAGCAUCUGGUUCAGCGUCUGGCUUCGGAGGAAGCAUCUGGCUUUGGAGGAAGCAUCUGGAUACAGAAAGAGCGGCUGGCUUCAGAAGAAGCAUCUGGUUUCGGAAAGAAGCAUAUGGCACAGUAAGAGUGCAUCUGAGACAUCCUGAUCGUAAGGAUGCAACUGUUACAUCUGAGGCAAAUGAGAAAUUUGGUACAUCUGUUGUUGUAAGGAGGAUUCAAGUCAAGGUGGAGAUUUGUUGA